GCAUGCGCAUAUUUAAUUUUUUUUCCUGUUCAGGAAAAAAAUAAAAUAAAAAGAUGAAGUCAAAGCUUUCAAGCUGCAGGGGAAAAAGCACUGACUAAUUGAAAGAGCAGUGUAUUUCCAUAUCAAACGUGGGUUUUUUUUGUUUUGUUUUGUUUUGUUUUUUUAGCAUAUACAUUGGUUUCUUCACUUUUCACUGAGCUUUACAGAUCUGUUUUCUGGUGUGUUUAUCAGUUUCUGGCCUGUAAUGUGCAUCGUUUUCAUCUCUGAGCCCCCUCUCCCCUGCUGAGAGCAUAAUUUUUUUUAGAACAUCUCUUUGGUACAUAAACUACUUUAACAUACAGCCUUCCUCCUCUCUCACCCCAUCCUAAUUUAGCUGAUUUGAAUCUUCACCCACCCCUCCCUUCUCUCCCUCCUUUUUCUAAAAAUGACCUGCUCCCCACUCCACUCCUCACUUUUUGGCUCCUGCACCCACCUCCAAGGCAACCCCUCCCUGCCCAAAUCAUCCAGUCCCCCCCACAUCCUCUUCAUUUAACCUCAUAUGACAGGAGUCCCCAACCCUCCCACUUUGGCUCACUUUUGCAAAACCCAGCAGACACACCAGAAAGGCUCUCCGAGGUUGUGACAUCCAGCAUAAGGAGCUGUCAGCCCCUUUCUAGAAUCAUCUAGGAGGAAGCCUCUUCUAAUUUGGAAACGAACAAAGUAGAAAGUGUAGGCCAUAAUAAUGGCAUCCCAGAUCCCUGCACUGCCACAGUCCUACACUCCGGGGACUGACAGCGUCUUUUCUGACCAGUCUGCCUUUCACUCUCUGGACUCCAACGUACCUGGACUCUCAAAGGUGAUUCUCAACAAGCUCAACCUGAAGGACUACGGAGAAUACAGGGCUGUACUCGAAGGGAAGGCUAGAGGAAUCUCAUUCCGCAACUACAAAGAGAUGUUCCAGAGGAUGGAGGAAACUUUCAAGUUCUGCGCCGGCUGUAACGAACUCCCCGAACAUCUCGCCGAGGGACAGACCCUGAAGCGCUGCGUGAAGUGUUUGAAUGUGUACUACUGCACUAAGGACUGUCAAAGAAAGGACUGGGCUCAGCAUAAAAAGGUUUGCAAGAUAUUGUGGCUGGUGGCAAUUGACAGACUAGUGGAGUGGCUAAUGUUCACAGGAGACCUCCCCAUCCCUACUGAGAAGUGGACCAAGUCAGCUGGUGAGGUGAAGAACUGGGACGACUGGCUUUCCAAGCAGGGGGAUCUUACACCAUGCCUGAACACGGUCUUGUCCGGUGCCAACAUGGCGGCCCUUUGGAAAAACGCCUCCAGACCUCGACCGGAUGAUGCUGACCUGCGACAAUCCUUAUGGCGAAUUCAGAGCGAGUUCCUCUCUCGAGUUCUCACGGUGGGCUUGGCCGUGCAGCACUUUAAACUGGACCCAUAUGACAAACCAGUCACUGUUCACCUAGUGGGGACAUCUCACAAUGAAACCAUGGGAGCCAGACUGACCGACUUUGAUGAGCUGAACCACAUGUUCCCCGGACACCAGGGGAUCGAAAUAGUCAUGGUGGGGCCUGAGGUGGUGGACGGCCCCAUCAUGAGACCUCCUCUCAGGGCAUUUGGCCCCAAGCACAGAGUCUACAUCAGCGCCUACAAGGCUCUUUACCAUCAGUUCUGGGAGGAUAUGGUGGAUAAACAGGAAGCAGCCAAGCCGGACCUGGUGGUUGGAUUUCAUCCUGGGUUCCACGCUAACCAGGGUCUGAUAGAGGGUUGGCUGCCCACUCUGCUGCUGCUCAGAGACUAUAAUAUCCCUUCCUUCUUCACCAUGUUCAGUGAGAUGGAGCUCAAGUACUCACUGGAGAUUCUGCUGGAGCUGGAGAUGCACAUCAGGGACAGUGGGCCCAAUCCAUUCACCUCACAGAAACCAGAGCAGGUCCAAGCUUGUCCUAACAAACCCCCCGUCUACUGCAACUCUCAUUACGUCAGUUUCCAGGGACUGCUUCCACAAGAAGACCUUGAGGGCCGAGGUGCAGAUGCUUAGAGUCCACAGUGAAACCUAUGAAGGUAACUCAAAGCCUUCUUUUUGGACCUGACAGAUUUGCAGGUUUCCUAAAGUCCUUGGGGGACUUUCUGCAACCUGUCAGAGAUGGUCAUAACUCUGCUGGACACUGAAUCAUACCUCUGGCAUUGGGAGUGAAGGAAAAAUAAUCUUCACUCCUUCCAGAGUGUGCUAAAAACUAUCCUUUAAUUCUGAUAUGUUUACCUAAUGAGGAUCCCAGAGGUUUCUACUCGCUUCAUUAUGCAGGGUGACAUGACGACUGUUGGAUAUGAAGAGUCACUGUUGUACCUACAUUAUGUGACCAAAAUUAGCUUCAUCAUCACUUAACGACUUCCUGUGAUUUGUUCUGCGGCAUGAGCAAAUUCCCAAACAUCACACUGGCUGCACAUGAAUUUAACACACAAUCUCAAAUAACGCCUAUAUAAAUGACAGCAUUAUCAAAGAAGCUGAGGUUCCUUUGAGAUUCGUGAGUUUUUCCUACUUUAUCGCGUGGAUUUCUCUCUGCUUUGUUGCUCAAAUUUGAGUCUUUAGUUCUUGAAAAAGAGUUGUGCUGACAGCAGAGAGCUCUACUGAUGCACAUUAAAGUAACAUUUCUUUAUCAAUGCCUCUGUUUAUUGUGUGUUGUCUUUUAUUAAGGUUUAUCAUCAUGUCUAAUAGCAUUUUUAGUGGUGGUAAUCACUUAAGCGUGGUAAAAUAUAAUAAACACACCAUUACUGUUUUGAUUACAGGCCCAGUAUUGCUGUAUUGUAAUGUAUAUUUUUUUAAAACUAGGGUAUUAAAGGAUAUUUUCAUAUGUGCUAAACGGAGGUCUGUAUUGGCAAGUGAGUUUUAUUUGACAGGUACGUUUUAUUUACUGUGGAAUAAACAACAAUUACCAUACAUUAACCUUCACUCUCUCCUAGCCCAUCUGCCUCUCUUAAAAAACAUCACGAGCCCCGUUUUUCAAAUAAUCAUAAAACAAUUUAUAGCCAGUCUGAAACCAUUGGACACAAAACUGAACAAUGCUUUUUAAAAUGAACACUAUUAUGUUAUAAAGCAUGGACAAAAAGCUGAAUUCUGCCCUCAGUAGCAAAUGGCACAUAGAUCCACCGUAAAGAAAAAUGUAUUGUUUCAUCCUCAUUCAAAAUGUUGAUCUGGUGUCAUUUCCCCACACAACCAUCUCUAACUGUCACAGAAGAUUUUUUUAAAAAGAGAAAAUAUCCAGUGAGCAUCGGCUCUCUGAACAAAAUGAAGUGCGUGGGGAACAGAAGAGCACAUCUGGCAUCACUCCUGUCAGCCAGGAACAGAAAACUGAGACUACACUUCACACACGCUCACUGAAAUUAGACAACAGAUGAUUGCAAAAGCAUUUCCUGGUCAGAUGAGUCUCAAAUGCCGCAGCCUACCUGAGCAAUUACUACUGACCGUGUCCACUUCUUUAUGACCACAGUGUACUCAUCUUCUAAUGAUUGCUUCCAGCACGAUAACAAAACUCAAAACAUCUGAAACCGGUUUCUUGAACAUGACAAUUAGUUCUCUUUAUUCAAAUGGCCUCCACAGCCACCAGCUCGCAAUCCAGUCGAGCACUGUCAGGAUGUGGAUGUAUAGGAGAUUCUCAUCAUGGAUGUGAAACCAUCAAAUCUGCAGCAACGGAUCUGUUACUAUGUUAAUAUGGACCAAAAUCUACCUUGUUGACUCUGGAAUGAAGAAUUAAAGUCGAUCGCAGGUGUACCUAACAAAGUGACUUGUGAACAUGCAUUAAAAACAAUUCAAGCAUAAAAUCUAAAUGAUAAAAGUCUUUAUUAAUUUGGAAUCGCCCUUUUUUUUGGGUCAAAAUGUUGCUUUCACUGAUGAAUACCAAUAAAUCUAUUUGACGCCGUUUCUAGAGAGCACGCCUGGUGGGGCGACACGGACCUCUAGUGGAUAGAAGUUGUAACACAAAGCUAUAGGAAGACAAGUCAUUAAGAGGCCCAAGGCAUGUUUUGGACUAGUGGAAACAGUGUUUCUUUAUAGCCUUCUGCCUGAUUGGCUUUAAUCUCUUUAUAUCAUUUUAUUUUCAGGGGAAAAAUGUAUUCAAGUUUUGGCAAAAAUCUUCUAUUAGGCUAUGUGUAAGAAGUACAUACUCUGGGCCAGGUUUACUAUUGAAACCAUGGGCAAUAAAUCAGUUAUAAAAAUAGUAAUAAAGUAAUUUGGGGUGAUAAUAUAUCAAACCCACAAGUUAUUGCAAUCGAUAAUUAAACAACUGUAACACCAU